AUGUUUGCCCAUCGUCCGUCGAGUUUCCCGGCCGUUUUUCGCCGACUUCGCGCCCAAGCAACUCACCAGGCCGGCCCGCUGUCACGGCGAAACCUCUCGACUCCCUCGCAGCCUCCACGGCCAGCGCAAACAGCUUCUACAGAUGCUCAAUCCCGGUUGCGCCGAUUCAAUGACCGCCUACCUCGCUUCCUCCAAAGCUAUACUACCCCGUUAUUGGGAGCCCCUGUGACCCAUGUCACCUCUUUCUUAAUCCUCCACGAAAUCACUGCCGUGGUGCCGCUGUUUGGCUUGGUAGCGGCCUUUCACUACGGAGGUUGGAUGCCCGAUCUCUCGUCGGAAUCUGGGGAAGGCAAUGCCUUCGACGAGGGGGUUAAGCGGUUUGGGCGCUGGCUAAGAAAGAAGGGCUGGGUCGACGAGUCCGACGUCACAAUUGUGGCCGAGCAUGAGAUGAUCGGAGUGUCGCAAGGGGGACACAAGGAAGGAGCAGGAGUACGACUGGUGCUGGAAUUCGCGACAGCCUAUGCAAUUACCAAAGCCUUGCUACCGGUGCGGCUGGCAACCAGUGUCUGGGCCACGCCGUGGUUUGCGAGGACCAUACUGACUCCCGUCGCCCGCGGCGCGAGGAAACUGCUGGGAAAGAGCUGA